UCUGCGAAAAAAAGUUCAGAGUCGAAGUUCUCUCGCAACGAAAGGACAUCCACAAUUAUACCCCACCACCAACGAACCCCCACCACACCACACAAAAUGGCGAAAUCAAAGCGCAAGAACAAUGAGACUCCCUCGAGGGACGGCGCAUCGCCUACGAUAAAUGCAAAAGUCGCACCGGCCGCCGCCAACGACUUCGUUAUGACCAUUGAUGACUCGGAUCAAGACGUGCCGAUUCUGGACGAAGACGACUCUGACGACGGGGCGCAGAUCAGCCCGAGUCUUUCCCCCGAACCGGAGGAGGAGGAGUCGCGAGGGAAGAAAAGGAAGCGCACGGAAAAGAAGGUUGUGGUAGAGCGCAAGGAGAAGAAGGCGGCGAACGAUGGCGGGUUGGACUCGGAUUUUGAGUUCCAGGCAGGUGAUCUGGGUGACGCUGUCGGAGAGUACGAUGGGUGGGGAUUUGAGGGUGCAAAGGCGGCGAUGAGGGACCAGAAGAAAGGAGUGGAUAUAGACGAAAUCAUCCGGCGGAGGGCAGCAAAAAAGAAGCAGGAAGGGAAGGGUGGGGAGAACGGAGACGACGCUGAUAAUGACGCACCCGAACUCGCCGACGACGAGAGUGAAGAGGGUGAUGAUGAAGGCGCGGCGGAAGACGAGGACGAGGGUGGAGAGAGCGACGAGGAAAAUGGAGAUGAUGAGGCGGAAGUGAGUUUCGCAGGAUUUGAAGACGACGACGAGGACAUUGCUGCGGACGGUUUUGGCAUGGGCGCAGAUUCAGAGGAGGACGAAGACGCAACAAAAAAUUCGGACGCCUCCAAGGACUCGGACGAUGAGGGCGGCGACGGCGACGAGGACAAGGGCGAAGACUCUGACGAUGAAUCUGUAGCCUCCUACGUUCCCCAUCCCGACGAUAUUGGCUCUGACCGCGAAGGAUCGGAUACCGAGACCGCCGCCGAAGCUGCUAAAAAGGCCGCCUACUUUGCUCCUGAAGAUGAGAUCACUUUUAACCCCGACCCUUCGGCGAGCUUCCAAAACAUGAACCUCUCUCGUCCUAUCCUCCGUGGUCUCGCCAACGUCGGCUUCACUGCACCUACUUUGAUUCAACAGAAAGCUAUUCCUGUGGCACUACUUGGCAAGGACGUCGUUGGAGGUGCGGAAACUGGUUCCGGAAAGACGGCGGCGUUUAUAGUGCCGAUUCUCGAGCGACUACUCUACCGACCAAAGAAGGUGCCUACAUCCAGAGUUCUCAUCCUGUGUCCUACCCGUGAGUUGGCGAUGCAGGCGCACUCGGUGGGAGUCAAGCUGGCAGCGUAUACCGACAUCAAAUUCGCUCUGGCGGUAGGAGGACUAUCGCUCAAGGUGCAGGAACUUGAGCUCAAGAAACGCCCCGAUGUCAUCUUUGCCACUCCUGGUCGUUUCAUCGACCACAUGCGCAACUCUCAGGGCUUUGGUGUGGAAACCAUCGAGAUCGUGGUAUUGGACGAGGCCGAUCGUAUGCUGGAAGACGGAUUCGCCGACGAGCUCAACGAGAUCAUCAACACGAUUCCCAAGAGCCGACAAACCAUGCUGUUCUCUGCGACCAUGACCGACUCCGUCGACAAGCUGAUCAGACUCUCCCUUAAUCGCCCGGUCCGUCUCAUGGUGGACCGCAAAAAGAGCACCGUCAAGGGAUUGGUGCAGGAAUUCGUCCGCAUCAGGCCCCAGCGCGAGAAGCAGAAGUUAGCUAUGUUGAUUCAUAUCUGCAAAACGCUUGUGACCACCCGAUGCAUCAUUUUCUUCCGCUCCAAGGUGCUUGCACACAGAAUCCGCGUCAUUUUCGGGCUCUUCGGACUCAAGGCUACAGAGCUACACGGAAGUUUGACACAGGAACAGCGUGUCAAAGCCGUUGAAGCCUUCCGUGACGGCGCGGUCGACUACCUGCUCGCAACCGAUCUUGCCUCCCGUGGUCUUGAUAUCAAAAACGUUGAUUGCGUAAUCAACUUCGAGGCGCCGCAAUCCCACGAGAUCUAUCUUCACAGAGUCGGACGUACCGCGCGUGCUGGGCGCUCAGGUCGUGCCAUCACCCUCGCCUCCGAAAGCGACCGCAAAGUCGUCAAGGCCGCCGUGCGCGCCGCUCAGGCACAAUCCGCCAAGGUCGUCUCGCGCGUCCUCGACAAUGAUACAGUCAACGCUGUGCACGAGAAGCUCACUGCUCUCGAAGACGAGAUUGAGGAUGUGCUUAAGGAGGAGAAGGAGGAGAAGUUCAUUCAGACGAUGGAAAUGCAGGUGCGGAGGACUGAGAACCUGGUUAAGUUCGAGGAUGAGAUCAAGGGACGUCCCAAGAGGACGUGGUUUGAGAGUCAGCGUGAGAAGGCGGAGGCGAAGAAGGUCAGUAAGGCCGAGCUCAACGGGAUUUCUCUACCCGAUAAGAAAACUCCCAUGAGCGGGAAGAAAAGGAAGCGCGAGGAGAUGAAGGAGGAGAAGGAGAAAGUGUACAAGAAGACGAAGUCAGACCGAGCGACCAAAGGCCUGAGGGGUGGUGUCAAGGCUGCGAAUAAGAGGGAUGCGGGUGGGGGUUCGAAGAAAGGGAGAGGGAAAGGAAGGCGGUAGUUGGCGGAAGGGCUUGUAAUGUAUAAGUUAUGGGAGAAAAGCGAACGUGAUUAUUCAAGAG